CUUUUUAGGUACCUCUCUAUACAGGUUUCAAAAACCAAAGGGUAGCCCUCUUACAAGUAUGUGCCAGGUUUUGAUAGCAUCUGUCCGAAAGUGGAAUUUGGUUGUGCCGGAGGAUAGUAGUCUCCUAUAUGAGACGCGUGACAAGCCAGGAGUCGAAGGAAGUCGCAAACUGAUGCAUCAUGAUGAUAUGAGGUAUUUUGAUAAAGCAGCUGUAGUGUCUGAUUCAGAGAACAGAAGCGGUGACUAUUCUAAUCCAUGGAGGCUUUGCACUGUGACACAAGUGGAAGAAUUUAAAAUCUUGAUUCGCAUGCUUCCAAUUUGGGCUACUGGCAUAAUAUUCUCUGCUGUCUACGCCCAGAUGUCAACAUUGUUUGUGGAGCAAGGAACUAUGAUGCACUUAUAUAUUGGUUCCUUCAAAUUAUCCCCAGCUUCCCUCUCAACCUUUGAAGUGUUAGGUGUUCUUUUUUGGGUCCCUGUCUAUGACAGGAUACUUAUUCCUGUUGCAAGGAAAAUUACAGGAAUAGAUCUCUCAGAGUGA